UCAUCCCCAACAUGGUUGAAUACUUGAGCCGUUCAGCAACUCCCGCGCCACCGUUCCGCAUUUCAACUUCAACUUCAACUCUGACCUCUACUGGCUACUAAACCUCAUUCAUCUCCGGCUAAAUAUUCCAACAACAUUAUCCCUAUCCCUCUCCCUUAAUGUCGUAAUGGGUUUUCCUCUCCCAAACAACACAUGAAGAGAACAACAUCAAUCACCAUCAUCACCUAUCUCCAACGACACCGUUUCAAUCAAUAUCACCAUCUUCCACUCACCGCCGCACACUUCUCAACAACACCCCGCCCUUUUCCUGACUACUCCCCUAAAACGCCUUCCAUCUCUGACUCCGACAUUAUCCGCCACGUCACCGCUACCAUCAAACGACGCCGUUCCGAACCCCUCACCCGUGUUCUCAAACCUUACCAAUCUCGCUUCAAAUCCAACCAUCUCAUUUGGGUUCUCAUCAACAUCAAAAACGACUACAAACUUGUUCUAAACUUCUUCAACUGGGCGCAAAAACCUUUCAUCACUUUGGAAUCACUCUGCAUUGUCGUUCACCUAGCUGUUUCUUCUAACGACAUUGAAACCGCGAAACGACUCGUUUUUGAGUUCUGGACUACGCCGCGUUUCGAUGUUUCCAAGUCGUUUGAUCUUUUUACUGAGAAGUUGAUUUAUACUUAUAAGGAUUGGGACUCACACCCUCUUGUUUUUGAUCUGUUCUUUCAAGUGCUUGUUGAAACUGGGUUUGUUUUACAAGCUGAGAAGCUUUUUCAUAAGUUGUUGAGUUAUGGUGUUGUUGUGUCUGUAGAUUCUUGUAAUUUGUUUCUGUCUAGGUUGUCUUGCAAUUUCCAUGGUUUGAAGACCGCAGUUAAGGUGUUCGAUGAAUUUCCUCAAUUGGGUGUUUGUUGGAAUACUGUUUCAUAUAAUAUUGUUCUUCACUGUCUUUGUCAAUUGGGUAAAGUGAAAGAAGCACAUAGCCUGCUUGUACAAAUGGUGCAGAGAGGGAAUUUUCCUGAUGUUGUAAGUUAUGGUGUUGUUGUUAGUGGGUAUUGUGGAAUUGGUGAGCUUGAUAAGGUUUUGAAACUUGUGGAAGAGUUGAAGAGAAAGGGGUUGAAACCUAAUGAAUACAUUUACAAUAAUAUAAUUGGUCUUCUUUGUAAGAGUGGCGAAGUAGUUGAAGCGGAGCGAGUGUUGAGGGAGAUGAGUAAAUGCGGCGUUUUUCCUGAUAAUGUAGUGUAUACUACUCUCAUUAGUGGUUUCUGCAAGGCUGGGAAUUUUCCGGCUGCGUUCAAACUGUUUGAUGAAAUGAGGUAUAAGAAAAUAGUUCCUGAUUUUGUUACAUAUACUUCUGUGAUUCAUGGGAUUUGUAAGAGUGGAAAGAUGGUAGAAGCGCGCGAACUGUUUAGUGAAAUGUUUGUGAAAGGGAUGAAACCGGAUGAAGUUACGUAUACUGCUCUUAUUGAUGGGUAUUGUAAGGCUGCUGAAAUGAAAGAGGCUUUUUCUCUUCACAACCAGAUGGUUCAGAAGGGUCUGAUUCCAAAUGUUGUCACUUAUACCGCAUUGGUUGAUGGCCUUUGUAAGAAUGGAGAGGUUGAUGUAGCAAAUGAGCUUCUUCAUGAAAUGUCAGGAAAGGGACUUCAACCAAAUGUCUACACGUAUAACACGGUUGUUAAUGGUCUUUGUAAGAUAGGAAAUAUAGAACAAGCGGUUAAACUUAUGGAAGAAAUGGAUAUGGCAGGGUUUUAUCCCGACACUGUUACAUACACAACACUCAUGGAUGCAUAUUGUAAGAUGGGGGAAAUGGCCAAGGCUCACGAGUUGCUGCGGUUUAUGCUCGAUAAAGGACUUCAACCUACAAUUGUUACAUUCAAUGUGCUCAUGAAUGGGUUUUGCUUGUCAGGGAUGUUGGAAGAUGGUGAAAGGUUAAUCAAAUGGAUGUUAGAGAAAGGUAUAACGCCAAAUGCCACGACGUUCAAUUCUCUUAUGAAGCAGUACUGCAUUAGAAAUAACAUGCGUGCAACUACCGAGAUUUACAAGGGUAUGCGUGCUCGAGGAGUGAUGCCCGACAGCAACACCUACAAUAUUUUGAUUAAAGGGCAUUGUAAAGCUAGAAAUAUGAAAGAGGCAUGGUUUCUUUAUAAAGAAAUGGUUGAACAAGGAUUUAGUGUCACUGCCACUUCCUAUAAUGCUCUUAUAAGAGGUUUCUUUAAGAGGAAGAAACUUGUGGAAGCUAGGAAGCUAUUUGAGGAGAUGAGAACACAUGGUUUGGUUGCUGAGAAAGAUAUUUAUGAUAUUUUCGUCGAUGUGAACUAUGAAGAAGGGAACUGGAAAAUCACUCUUGAGCUUUGUGAUGAAGCAAUAGAGAAAUGUCUUGUCAAAGAAACAUAUAAUCAUAACUGUUCAAUAAAAGUUGGUUAUUUCAUUUGUAUUUCUAUGUUCGGUACUGGUUUCUAUCAUCAAGCUGCCAGUUUAGUAAAUGCUUAUUAUAUACACAUUUACAUCUUGAUGCCUAAACUUCUUCACAUUUUCAUGGCUCUUAUGUUUCUCUAUUUGCUCUUCACAACUUUUGAAAUCAAAACUUUUGGGUCUGUUUCAGUUUCCUCAUUGAUAAAGAGUGAUCCCCAAAACACCCAUCAUAGAAAAGCCUUAAAGUUUCCCUCACAAGAAUCAUUUGGGUUGUUGCAAGAUUUGCAUAAAGUUUCCACCUUUAGUUUCAAUAAAGGUUUGAAUGGUUCUAGUUUGGCCCAUGAUAAAUUUUCUGAGAUUCAAAGGGCUGCUAGAGAAGCUUGGGUUGAAGGGAAGAGAUUCUGGAAAGAAAUUCAGAUUUUGGAACUUGAAACUGAUAAUGUGGCUGAGAAUGUUUCUGAUUCGUGUCAGAAUUCGAUAUCAAUAUCUGGGUCUGAAUUAAUGAACCAGAAAGGGAUCAUGGUGCUUCCUUGUGGGUUAACAUUGUGGGCUCAUGUUACUGUUGUUGGGACACCACGUUUGGCUCAUUGGGAGAAUGAUCCUAAGAUAACUGUGGUUAAGGAUGAAGAGGAAAAAGUGAUGGUGUCACAGUUUAUGAUGGAGCUUCAUGGUUUGAAGAUUGUUGAUAAGGAGGAACCACCUAAGAUACUUCAUUUUAAUCCUAGGUUGAAAGGUGAUUAUAGUGGGAAGCCUGUGAUUGAGCAGAAUACUUGUUAUAGGAUGCAAUGGGGUUCUGCUCUCAGGUAUGAGGGGUGGAAGUCCAUGGCUGAUGAAGAUUCUGAAGGAAGAAAAAAUGGAUUCUGUUAUCAUUUCUCUUUUGUGAAUGUGUACAUUGUUUAUGUUCCAUUUUUCUCUUCAGCUUUUGAUGGACAGGUGAAAUGUGAAAAGUGGAUUCGCGACGAUGAUAGCCAUUCAGAAGAGUCUAAGUCAACGUGGUGGUUAACUAGAAUGAUCGGGCGAAAACAUAAGAUCGCUAUAGAUUGGCCAUACCCUUUUAUUGAGGGAAGAUUAUUUGUUCUCACCUUAACCGCCGGCUUGGAAGGUUACCAUGUUAGUGUGGAUGGAAAGCAUGUGACCUCUUUUUCCUAUCGCACGGGCUUUUCUCUUGAGGACGCCACGGGUCUAUCAAUAAAAGGCGAUGUGGAUGUGCACUCUAUAUUUGCUGCUUCGUUACCAACAUCACAUCCAAGUUUUGCACCACAGAUGCAUCUUGAGUUGCUUCCUCAAUGGAAAGCUCCACCUGUUCACCAUCUGAACGUGGAGCUUUUCAUUGGAAUACUUACUGCAGGCAACCAUUUUGCCGAACGAAUGGCAGUAAGGAAAUCUUGGAUGCAACAUAAGUUAAUCAAAUCUUUGCAUGUCGUGGCUCGAUUCUUUGUUGCUUUGCAUGGAAGGAAGAAUAUAAAUGUGGACAUUAAGAAAGAAGCAGAAUAUCUUGGUGAUAUUAUUAUUGUCCCAUACAUGGAUCAUUAUGACCUUAUUCAUGUCAUAGCUGCAAAGUAUAUCAUGAAGUGCGAUGAUGACACAUUUGUAAGAGUGGAUUCUAUCAUCAGUGAAGCAAGAAAAGUAGGAAUUGGAAAAAGUUUGUAUAUUGGCAAUAUGAAUUACCACCAUAGGCCCCUUCGCCAUGGUAAAUGGGCAGUCACAUAUGAGGAAUGGCAAGAGGAAGAGUAUCCUAUCUAUGCUAAUGGUCCAGGUUAUAUAAUCUCAUCAGACAUCGCUCAGUUCAUUGUAUCCAACUUCGAGGAGCACAAAUUAAAAUGUAUGGCUCAUGAGAAAUGGUGUUAUGUUCGGGGGUCGGUGUUGACAGUGUUAUGCACAAAACCAAAAUUCUAUAUUGGUCUUUGUUUGAUAUUCUCCAUUAUUCGUCUUACAUAUUCAACAAUUUCAAUGGCAAAGAGUGAGGUGAAGCUUAUUGGCAAAUGGUCAAGUCCUUAUGUGAUAAGGGUGAAGAUUGCCCUCAACAUCAAAUCCAUUGAAUAUGAAAACUUAGAAGAAAAUGAAACCUUUAACCCCAAAAGUGAUCUUCUUAUUCAAUCCAACCCUGUUUAUGGUAAAGUUCCAGUUCUUAUUCACAAAGACAAACCCAUUUGUGAGUCUCUCAUCAUUGUUGAAUACAUAGAUGAAACUUGGUCCACUGAUUCUUCUAUUCUUCCCUCUGAUUCUUAUGAUAGAUCACUUGCUCGAUUCUGGGUUGCUUAUUUAGAUCAAAAGUGGUUUCCUUCCAUGCAAAACAUAAUUACGGUUGAAGGAGAAGAAGAAAGGAAGCCAUACUUUGAAGUAAUGGAAGAAGUGGUUGAGAGGAUGGAGGGUGCUUUUAAAAAAUGCAGCAAAGGAAAAUCCUUUUUUGGUGGGGAUACUAUUGGGUAUCUUGAUAUUGCAUUUGGGAGUUUCUUGGGAUGGCUUAGUGUGAUAGAGCAUGAAUAUGCAAGGAAACUGUUGGUUGAAGAAAAAGCUCCUUGUUUGGUGAAUUGGGCUGAGAGAUUUGCUAAUGACCCUGCUGUGAAAGGGAUUAUACCUAUGACUGACAAGCUUGUUAAGCUUUCAAAAGCUCUUCAGAUCAAAUGGAGAGGUGCUAUUGGUAAGAAAUAGAAUUUGAGAGUGUGAUAAUUAAAAUGCUUACUUAAAUGACUUUGUUGUGUGUGAUGAACUUAUUGAAAAAACAAAAUUAAAUGCGUGGAGUGGAUUUUUAUUUGUUAUUUUUAUAGUAGUCGUUAUUAUUAACUUUCUUUUUUCUUUAUUCUUUAUAGGUUGUUCGUACUUUCAUAUUAAGUUAUUCUCUUUUGCUUUAACAUCGUAGCAUCUUGAAAAUAGAAAUUGUAUUCUCAAUAGAUAAUGCAAUCAAUGAUGUCAAUUGUUAAUGAUGAUUUGAUGGUUGAGAA